AUGGCAGAGCGGCUCCUUGCUGGCCUUGGCUGCCUGUUGGAGUUCGCCAAUGCUUUCAACAGUUUGCUGGACAGGCCCUGGCUGAUGACAGAGCUUCUAGCAAAGCACAUCAGCCGUGGAUUUGGAAGAGCCCAUCCUUCUGGAGUGGUUAAGGACGGUGAAGCAUGCCAUGAGGACUCAGGACCAGGAGCAGAGAACCUCAGAGUUCCUGCUAGUUCUGAAGAGAGGACAUACGACUAUGCACCUCAGCCUCUGAGGGUACACCAGCCUGAAGGUGCAAAGUUGACCACCUCAUCAGCACCAGGUCACCUGCUAGACGAAUUGCCCUCUGCUGAAGGGGAGGAAGACAAAGCAGAUGGCUAUGAAGGUGAGGAAUAUGGCAGAGAGGAGCAUGACAGUCAGGAAUAUGAAGAUUAUUUUGAGAGAGAGAAGGAAGUUGGGGCUGAAGAUGGAGAAAACUGGGAGGAAGACUAUGAGCCUCUUCCAGUUAUGGUCCCUCCAUCUGAAUAUGCAAAACUGCAACAACAGCUGCGGGCACAGCAGACAGACGAGGACCCCCUGGACAAACUCAGGAGCAUUGUGAGCAUGGGACAUCCUGAGAAUAAAUAUGCAGAGGCAGAGAAGCUGGGCCAGGGGAGCUAUGGAGCUGUUUUUCGUGCUGUUGAAAUGGCCACAGGACGAGAGGUGGCCAUCAAGCACAUUUCUGUCAACCAAGGGGACGAGGACUAUGUGAUGCAGGAAAUCCUGGUUCAGCGGGACCAUAAGAACCCAAACAUCGUCAACUACCUGGACAGCUAUCUGGUGGGUGCUGAGCUGUGGCUGGUCCUGGAAUACCUCGAUGGGGGCUCCCUGGCUGAUGUGCUUCAGGUGACACGUAUGGAUGAAGGCCAGACAGCAACUGUCUGCAGGGAGUGUCUGCAAGGCUUGGACUGCCUUCAUUCCGACGGAGUCAUCCACAGGGACAUCAAAGGGUGUAACAUCCUGCUUGGAACGGACGGGUCUGUCAAACUGGCUGAUUUUGGCGUCUGCGCUCUGCUCACCCCGGAGCAGAACAAGAGGACCUCCUACGCUGGAACCCCCCGCUGGAUGGCUCCAGAAAUACUGAAGGAAGAGCCCUACGGCCCCAAGGUGGACAUCUGGUCCCUUGGCAUCACGACAGUGGAAAUGGCCAAAGGAGAACCUCCCUACGCCUCUGAAAACGACAGCAAGGUGGGCGACCUGAUUGCUGCCAACGGGACGCCAAAGCUGCAGAACCCGGAUGAGCUUUCUGCUGUCCUUCGUGACUUCCUCCAGUGCUGCCUGGAGGUGGAUGUGGACAGGCGAUGGUCUGCCAAGGACCUGCUGCAGCACCCAUUUGUGACGGCAGCAGGGCCGGUCUCCAACCUCAUCUCACUGACCCAUGCAGUAAAGGAAGCCAGGAACCGUGUCCACUAG